AGACAAACAGAUUUUUGAUUUGUUGAUUGACGUGCGAUAAUACUGUCAUUUGAUUCGCUCUCGCUCAUUUCAUUCAAUAUGGCUGUCAGUGUAACUAAAUAAAGGUCGCAAUUAUUGUGCGCGAAUUUAGCUUACUUUACUAUCAGUGAUAAUUUGUUUUAAUGACUUAGUCAGUGAAGUGUCGCGGUAUGUUUCCGCUAACGCCACCCGUUGUAAAACGAUUGUUAGGGUGGAAAAAGGGUCCGGAAGGGACAUCUGCAGCUGAAGAUAAGUGGUCGGAAAAAGCAGUAAAGAGCUUAGUAAAAAAAUUAAAAAAGAGUGGUGCGUUAGAAGAGUUAGAAAAGGCAAUUUCAAGUCAAAAUAGUCAUACAAAAUGCGUGACAAUUCCCAGAGUUAAACCAAACGAGAACAUUAUUAACGGGCAGUACCGCAAGGGAUUGCCGCAUGUUGUGUACUGCAGGCUGUGGCGUUGGCCGCAGCUACAGAGCCAUCAUGAAUUAAAGCCGGUCGACCACUGUGAGUAUGCUUAUCAACUGAAGAAGGACGAGGUGUGCAUCAACCCUUAUCACUACACUAGAAUUGAUUCACCUGCUCUACCACCCAUCUUGGUUCCUCGGUGCACUGAGGGCGAAGUCCGAGCGCCGCCACCUUAUACCGACUACCAUCAGCACCUCGAGCACACAGACGUCAGUAUGCAGGCGGGCGGUGUAUUGGGCCACAGCGCCAUGUACCUAGAGGCGACGCUGGCCCAACAAAUACCAGGCAAUACUACUGUACACGUGAGUUCCUCGACGGUGGAGACUCCGCCCCCCGGAUACAUAAGCGAGGAUGGCGACCCGAUGGAUCAUAACGACAACAUGAACAUAACCCGUCUGACGCCGUCACCGUCUCACGCUGUAUCGGAGGCGGCGCCGGUGCUGUACCACGAGCCGGCGUUCUGGUGCAGCAUCAGCUACUACGAGCUGAACACACGCGUUGGGGAAACAUUCCACGCGUCACAACCCUCAAUCACUGUAGACGGAUUCACCGAUCCCAGCAACAGCGAGAGAUUCUGCUUAGGUCUUCUGUCCAACGUGAAUAGAAACGAGGUCGUAGAACAAACACGCAGACACAUCGGCAAAGGAGUCAGAUUGUAUUAUAUAGGCGGCGAAGUCUUCGCUGAAUGUUUGAGCGAUUCGUCGAUUUUCGUUCAGAGUCCGAACUGCAACCAACGUUAUGGAUGGCACCCAGCCACUGUUUGCAAAAUACCACCUGGUUGUAAUUUGAAGAUAUUCAACAACCAAGAGUUUGCAGCGCUACUGUCUCAGUCUGUGUCGCAAGGUUUCGAAGCGGUGUUUCAACUCACGCGCAUGUGCACUAUACGUAUGAGUUUUGUCAAAGGCUGGGGCGCUGAAUACAGACGACAGACGGUGACGUCGACUCCAUGUUGGAUAGAGUUGCACCUGAACGGUCCUCUUCAGUGGCUGGACAGAGUUCUCACACAGAUGGGAUCACCGCGUCUGCCGUGCUCCUCAGUCUCCUAAGGUAACCAUCUCGUACAUAUCCCAGUUGAGAGUAAACUCGACCGUUGAAAUACCUCCCCACACGAGUCUUAGCGUGUAUGUACGAUAGAAUACAAUAACCCACUCUAUUCAUUGUUACAUUACCUUAAAUUCAUGAAUAAUUCCAUCUCUUUCUGUCUUUAUUCGUCAAAAAGAGACAGCUAGCGAGAGAGUAAAAUACCUAUUGUCUACAAGAGUGGUGUCUAAUUGGUCUUUUUUUAAAGAAGAAAAGAGAUGCUCUAUGCAAUCGGUUUGAUUUCGAUUUAAACUCAUUGGUUAUGUUUUCUCUAAUGCGUUAAUAAAUAAUUACAAUACUACAGAACUGGCGCGUUAUGUAUUGAUUCAGUUCUCUGAAAAAAAAGGCGCCACCAUUCAUAUAAAUAUUGAUUAAGUACCAGCCAAAAAUAUGGUCUACCGCCCUACAGUUAAAGUUCAUAUGAAUUUUAAAAAACAACAGUCGAUUUCGGCUUCUAAUAAUAUUAUGACCUUAACUUCAAAUGUCAGACAUCUCAGAUAACACACAAUUUGCAAGAAUUAGAGGGUCCGAAACUCUGAAAAGUCGACUAAUGAUAAUUAGAUUUCACAGAAACUUUUACCAAAUAUGGUAGUCCAUUUUCUUGACCGGCCUUAUCUAUAUGAACAAACGGUUUUCUAGUCCACAACUCAACAUAUGAAUACAUAUACGAAAAAGCAAUAAUAUGUAUAUUUUUUUAUCAUGACUCGAGACAGAGAUCUUAACUUUCAUUAUUUCAUGUGUUUAUACUCGUACAGUAUGUAUACUAUACUAUUUAAGCCAAAAACUGUCAAAUAUCGAGAAAAAUAUUUGUAUAUGUUUUCAUAUGUAUUCAAAUGCAAUAAGUACAUGGAAAUGAAACAAUUAGAUUUUGUAAGCAAUGUAUAUGUAUAACGCCAUUUUCAUGUCUACUUGUUUACACUAAAACAUUGGUUCUAAUUCUAUACCUUUUGUUAUAGUAAAAAAAUUAAAUUAACGCCAGCUAACGGCAAUACGCAGAACUUACGAGUGACUUUCCUUAUCGAUUUUAAUGUUACUGUAGAGAUGGUCUUAUUAUGUACUGUUUUUUACAAUAGCCCAGAUUUAUUAUAAGCAAAAAAAUUAAUGAUCACUUGUUUUUGUUUAAAAAAGAAUAACUAUUUUAACUUGUUGACGAUAUUAUUGGAAUUAAUUUGUUUUAACAAUACAUUAGAUGUUGUACUUUAUUUUAGCCAUUGUGAAAUGCAUUUAAAUAUCUUAUUAUUUCGAUUUACACCUGUGGUUGUUUUUAUUAUUAUAAAUUAAUAUUUCAAUUUUAUUAUUAUGAUGACUAGUUUGAAACAUAGUUUUGUGUUUUAUAUUUUUUUAUAAAUUAGUCUUACACAUGUAUACAUAUAGAUUUAUAUAUGACAAAAAUCCUAGGUACAUAUGUAUUCAUAUUUUCUAAAAUGUUAGAUUUUAUUCGAUUAUUACCUUUAUGCAUAUGUUAUUUUAAGUUUACACAAAAUCUAUCUAAAUGCCGCCGUUUAUAAAGUUCAACAGAAGAAAAAUCUAAUAGAAGAACUGUAAAUUACUGUUUAUUUUUCAUCAUUGUCUAAUACAACCCUUCAUCGGUGAUAACAAUUCAAAUAGUUCAAGGUCUUAUUGUAUGUAUAAUGCAGCACACUGUUUCUAAUUUCAUCAAUUCAAUCCUUAUUCCAAGGUAUUCAAUACUUAAGUCGUUUGCUACUAUAAUAUUUAAAAUCUUCAUGCGAUCGCUAGUAGCCAUCAAAAUUGAAUCUUAAAGACGCUGGUAUAAGAAUCAGAACAAUGGAGCCAAAAAAAUUUUUGACGUUUCAUCCCUUUAUUAAGCACCGUUUAGUAACGUUUUGUUUACAAAGACUUAAAAUGUAAAAUUGUUAUAAAAAAAUAAACUAUACACCGAUCAACUUACUAAAAAGAAAGUAUGAGUUUCCUGAAAGGUGCCCGAAAGUUACUUGUGUGUAAUACACAUGCUUUAAAUACAAAAUUUCAUAGCAAUCAACGUGAACUAGCCCCUUAUGGACCCUCAUCCUUUUAGAAUUCUGUACCCUCAUGUUAAUAAAUACAACUUUGUGAAUUUAGUUCUCGAAAUUAAUAUCAUCCUUAGUCCUAGCACGUAGUAUUGUGUUGAUAUCACGUCAUUGGCAUACGAUCGACACGCCAACGGAAUGGGGAAAAAUAAUCAUAACAUAAAAUUCAAACAUGACUUGAUUAAGUUGAAGCAAAAAACCUAUUGUCUCAAUAUUAUUUCAUUACUCAUUUUGGUAUUGAGGUAAUUGUUGAAUUAAGUUAUCGAUAGUAUUUAGAUUCAAUAUUAUCGAUAUUAAAAUAUUUUAUCAAUUUGAUCAAAAGGUAAUAGGUUUACUUCCUAUCCUGUUUUCAAUAUUACUUUAGAGGUGUUAAGGUUGCUGGUUUAAUUGUUGUCGAAUUAAAAAUUCGCCAUUCCGUUGACUCGCGUCUCGAAUGCGUAUCUAUAAAUAAUAAAAUAUGUAGUAGUGGUGUCGGAAAGGCAGAAUGAUUAGUGUUCUUUGCUUUAAAAAUUAGGAACGUGGAAAAGUAAAAUUAUUUUCGUAAUGAAUCUUUUUAUAAGCAAAGAACGCUUUGAAGUCUGAAGAGGAGAGAAUAAUGUGGAUAUUAUGUUUUUAUUGUUAUUCUGUAGUCAUUUUUUUUAUAUAAUAUGCUCCUACUUAUACAACAGUAUUGAAAUAAGUGAAGUCGCGCAGUCCAUUACGCAUCCGAAAUGUUUUAUAUGCCCGUUUUAUACACCCUUAUUUCUAAAAGAAUAAGGUACGUGAAAGUUCAAUGUUUUGUACGUACUUUGUCGUAUGCCUACUCCGGUUAAAAAAAGUAACCGGGUGAUGAAUUUACUGCUAUUUACUAUGUGGUGGACUGUCUAAUGAGUGUUAUUUUACUUUUAUUCCAGUCGGUAAUAAAUGAAACCCUAUUUACUUUGCAAUAUGAAUGAUAAUCCAUUGUUGAUAAUGUUUUUAUUUUCAAAAUUUUUAUAGUAUACAAAACUAUUCACCUAGCGUAAAGUAUUUUUAAUAACGAAUCUUUUAUUAUUGUAGGGAUAACAUUGUGAAUGUUAUGAUAUGAAUAAAGACAUAAUAUUUUCACUAAGAAGCCAAAAAGAUAAUAUCAAGGAAGGUGCUAAGUCAAACGAUGGGUAAUGUACAAACAGCAGCACAUUAGGUUGUUACUAACCCACGAAUUACUGUAAUUAAUAUUGAACUUAAUUGUCAAAAUAUAAGGCUUAAAAUAGAUUGGAAAUAUUUGGCGUAUUGUAUUAACCUGGUGUGCUGUCGAUUGUACAUCCAAGAUUGUACAUAGAUGUCGUGAGGUCGCCGUGUCACUCUUCAAUUGAAGGCGCGGCGUAUACGCAAUAUGUCUGUUAAGUUUUAUUAUUUUGAUUAAUGCUUAAUUAUAGUUUAUAAAAAUGUGAAAAUUGGUUCGCCUUCUGUUCGCAUAUUAUGCGAGAUUUUUUAGUCAUGGUAGAAAUUUAUAACAAAAAUGAGCAUUAUUUAUUACACAAUAAGGUUAAAAAUCAUAUAAUGUUUUUAUAUUUCGAUCUCUCUGAAUUUUGUGCAUCAAUUACCUAAUAUUUUAUGAAGUUAAAAUGAGAAUCCAUAUUUGAACUAUUUAUAAUGUGAAAUGGAUGGUGUGAAACAUGUAUUCGGGUUUGUAUAACAACGAUUUAGUAUUGCGAAAAUAGUUUUCUUUUUUAUUAAGUUUUAAAGUAAAACGAGACACUUUUAUAUUUAUAUAUAUACUGUAAGUGAUUUUGAGACAAAUAUAAUCGUUGGUUUACAUUUUUUUUGUUUUAUAUAUACGCUCAUUUUAUCCAUUUGUUUAGUGUUAAGUAUAUGUUAUGCUUGUAGUUGUAAGUUAACAUAUUUAUAUUUUUUUUUGUGUAUAACAUAAUGCUGGAUUCAGAUUGCAAGCUCGAACGGUCUGUGAGUGUAUACGGAAGUAAAUUCCUCAAAGUAUAUUAAUACAGGAAAAAUAUUUUAGCUAUAAUGAUCAUAUAUAAUGGAUUUAUUCAAUAUUCGCUAUAAAACAAAAAUUAUUUAAAUACCUGUCAUUAUGUCGAUAGUGAAUUAGUGUUUCAAUGACGUCACAGAUCCGUAAUCGCGUUUGCAUGUGUGAAUCAGGCCUGAUGAAUUUGAUGAUGCUUCCAUUUUGUACAGUUCUAUUUUUGCUGUUACUUUGGCGAUCUCACGCGAUAAGAAAUGAGAUGGGUAGAAAUUAUAUAAAACAAAACUACUACAAUAAAACAUGUGUGGUUCGUAUUAAUGAGUUUCAUUAUUGUUUACCUAGAUGAGCUUAUCCUACGUGCGAACGAACGCCAAUCGUACAUUCAAUAACAUACCUUAUUAUCAAUAAUUUAAAGUGACUGACUGACAUAGUGAUCUAUCAACGCACAGCCCAAACCACUUCACGGAUCGGGCUGAAAUUUGGCAUGCAGGUAGAUGUUAUGACGUAGGCAUCCGCUAAG